AGUUGGAGGUGAUUUUCUGGCUGGGUCCGUAAGCUGUGAGGUUACGGAGCGUGUCAGGAAUAAUGUCCAGAAUGGAGCUGAUGCCGCUCCGACCGUGGGGCGACUUCUUCCCCGGCUCGGAGAGAUUUGCAAGACCAGACGGGAAAGAUAUGGCGAAAUGGAACAAGAGAGUUAUCAGCAACCUGCUUUAUUAUCAAACUAAUUAUCUGGCUUUGGUCACCGCCGUUCUCCUCAUCGUCGGGAUCAUGAAACCCCUGGAGACGAUCACAGCCAUAGGCGUGGUGUCAAUCGUGUUCGUGGUCUCAGUGUGGGCCGGGGAGAACAAAGCUGCCAUCAACAACUUUAAGAAUCAGAAACCAUCAGCUUUUGUCAUUUUGGUCGUCGUUGUCAGCUGCAUAUUUGUUUCCAUGCUGGGGAGUGUCAUGGUAUUCAUUUGGGCAAUCACUGUGCCUCUGAUUUUAAUAUUUGCACACGCUUCCUGUCGUCUCCGCAAUAUGAAGAAUAAACUGGAGCACAUGAUAGAGGGCUCUGGACUGAAGAGGUCAUUAAUGGGCAUUUUGCUGGAUUCUCUGGGUCAGCAGGAGGAAACCUCGCAUAAGAUCCACAACUUUCUGGAUGGACAGAAUAACUAAACUUGGGAAGAAGUGCGCACACACGCACAUGCAUGUCCUUUUUUUUAUUUUGGCCAAAGAUCAUGACUUUUUGCUUAGAUGUAAUAUAUUUCUUUAUUUCUCAGUCUAAACCCUUUUAAGUUUUAUGCACAGCUUGUGGUUCGAAGAAAAGAAAAAAAAAAUAAGAUUGUUAUCUGAAGGGCUUUAUCUUUACCUCAGGGCUUCUGUCACUCCACCCAGAACUUGUCAGGGUAGUUUUUCUUUUUUCUUUUUCAAACAGUGAUGAGGGCAUUUGAGUGCAGCCUCACAUCUCUGCUAUGCAGUGUGCAAGUGUUCCUGUAAACCCAGCUGCAGACUUAUCCCUGGGUAAGAAAUCUGUGUUCAAUCAUUCUCAGAAACAGCCGUCAGCUCUGCCUGUUUGUGCUCAGCUAAAAUUGUGAAAGCAGCACAAGUGUUGCCUUUUAACAAAGAAUGAAAAGUGCACACUCGAUGCAACGGUACUGCCAAGAAACUCCAGAGACUGGAUUGAAUAAUCUCCUCACAUAAAAUGUAAAGUUAACUUCGGUCCACCAACCAACCUUAUGCUCAUCCAAAUAAAAAGCAGACAAAAGAGGACCGCUCUGUCUAAACUCAGAUUGCUCUGUCAAUAUUGUAAAAUAAAGACUUCAA